AUGAGGCAGUGUCUUUUAUUCGAAUAGAGUAGUUGAGUUGGAUUGCGUCGUAUGUUUUUCCUCUUUAUCCGUGACUGACUGAUGCAAGACACAGUCUAACUAAACUGCGGGUGUUUCUAAUCCAAGGGAAUUAAAUAACACAGUCAACAUUAAUUCAUUAACUUUUUUAUUGGAUCGUUCCUGCAACUAGACAAUCAUUCAUUCAGAAAGACUCCGGCAGGAUUGCGCUAUUCAGAACCAUGGACUUGCACAUUCUGGAUCACAGACUGCGAGUGACCAGCAUUUGCAAAAAUGGGCUGGUGAAUUUCACUCACCCACUGAUCAAACUCAUAUUUCUGCGGAACAGAACAAGAUGCAAGUUCUUCAGUCUGACAGAGACCCCCGAGAACUACACUGUCGUCCUCGAUGAAGAGGGAUUUAAAGAGCUACAGCCCUCGGAGCACCUUCAGGUGGAGGGUUCCGUGUGGCUGCCACUCAAUGUCGUCUCCAACGGCAACGCUUCUAGCAGCUCGCAGGCGGUGGGCGUGACCAAGAUUGCGAAGUCCGUCAUCGCCCCGUUGGCCCAGCAGCACGUGUCCGUCUUCAUGCUGUCCACCUAUCAGACGGACUUCAUCCUGGUGCGGGAGAAGGACCUGGCUGUAGUUAUCCACACUCUGGAGGAAGAGUUCAACAUCUACAGAGAGGUGGGGGGAGAGUACUCAGCUGUACUCAGCCAAGAUGUCCACAAUGGCUUCCAGAAGAACGGCAAAGAAUGUACGGUUCAGGAGAGAGGGAUGAGGGAGAAGAGAGCCCCCCAGCCUACAGUACACCCGGUGCUGAUACCACCGAACCAGUUCUGUGUGAUGAGUCUAGACCCAGACACUCUGCCUGCCAUUGCCACCACACUUAUCGAUGUGCUCUUCUACUCCAACAGUCCUAAAGAGGGCGCUCUUCCCAGCCAGGAUCUGGACUGUAUCAAGUUCUUCUCCUUCUCCCUGAUCGAUGGCUACGUCUCUCUGGUCAUGGACACUGAGGCACAGAGACAGUUCCCUGCUGAUCUUCUCUUCACAAGUUCCUCCAGGGAGCUGUGGAGGAUGGUGCGCAUUGGGGGACAGCCUCUGGGUUUCGACGAGUGUGGCAUUGUUGCCCAGAUAUCCCAGCCUUUAGCCGACAGUGACAUCUCCGCCUAUUAUAUCAGCACCUUCAGCUUCGACCAUGCCCUGGUCCCUGAGGAGGACAUAGUGAGUGUGACUGAGAUGCUCCAGCAGCACAGGAAAGAGCCAGACUGCUGAUGGCGACCUGACGGCCUGGUCCGUACUACACCUCUCUCUUCGUGUCUUGGGCCUGGGGCAGUACAGGGCUGGAGAGAGAUGCUAAAUCUGUGCCUAGACUAGCACUGCAGCGUGAGCAGUAUUAACCAUGAACUUUGUUGCCAUGACCACCAAAAGCGCUUCUAGUAGGUGGUGUCUGUGAAGAGAGCCUCUUGUCUUCCCAGACUCCUAAAGGAGACGACACCGAUUGGAUGAGGCCUGGACCCUGACCAAUGCACACAGCGGGACAAGGGGAUUGGUGAACUGAAGUCCAGUUGUGAUGAUGGUAACACUGUACUUAAGGACUGCAGGUAUAAUGCAUUAUGAUGUGGUUAUAAUGAAUGCAUUGUAAGCCUAUAUAACCCCCUUAUGAUGUCUUAUUAUCCCAUACCGAGAACUGACUAAAUAACAGCAAUUUUGUGUCAGUUGAAAAUGUCCUACAUAGAGCGAUAUAACAUUAAAGGGAAAGAGAAAGGGGGAUACCUAUCAUAGCCUAAGCCUUGUCAUAAUGCAUUAUAAAGGCUCAUACACUCUUAUAACAAGCAAUAACACAUUAUACCUGUAGCCUUUUAUAAAGUGUUUCCAAGGGGACUUUUCUUAUGUUACUAUCCUGCUUGCCGCAGGCCACAAACAUGUUACUAGUACUGUAAACAACACUGCUGAGUCUUCCAGUUUUGUUUAUAUCGUAAUAGUAUGUGUCAAAGACCCCUUUUGUGUCAAAGGUCAAAUUAGUUCAUGUGUGAGUGAAUUAUGUAAAGCACAACUUAGGUUUGGUAACAAAUGUCUCCAUUGGUGCGUCGUAUUCACCAUAUCUUCACAAUUUGUACUUGUAGUAGGGCACGUAAAUUGCCUAAUCGUGAAGACACUCAUUGAAGUGUCACCACAAAGUGUUAUUUUGGCCAAUUACGUUUUUGUGACAUUCAAAAAAGGUCAAACUUGAAGUGUAUUGGUGGAAAUGAUUCUGUUAAUUGUUAAACAUUCAGUGCUGUGAUGCAGUUACAACAUCAAUAAAAGUUACUUUUUUUAAGGGUCAACAUUUCUUUACUUUUGUAGCGUUGUAUUUCCUUUGUUACGAUCAACACUGUCUUAUUUACAUUUUAUUUUUCAAUUUGCACAAUAAAUAGAACUUUGUUUUUCAUUUCCUUGUAGACUGAGAAUGAAGCUACUAAUAUCACUAGAAAUAUUAUUUUUCUUUGGUACAAUUACAUUUUGUACAAUAAAAAAAAUAUAUGUUCAGUGAAAUAUUCGUAAAAUGUGCUGCUUUAUUCAAUAAAGACUAUUGAAUUAAA